AUGAAUGAUACAAGUACUAUUAUUCUUUUAAGACCUGACUAUGCUUCAGCAUUAAAUGACUAUGAAGAAGAAGAACAAGAACAAGAGGAAAUCAAAUCGGAUUCCGUCACAUUCGUUGAAAUGAACGAUCGUCGAAUACGUCGUUUACAAGGACGAGAAUUCAAUGCCGAUGACGAUGAAAAUGACCGAAUACUUCGUCAUCGUGAAGUGAUGGAUCCACAAAUAUUGCAAGAAAGUAACGAUGAUGAUGACGAACAGGACGAAGAGAACGAAAGAAUAGCAGCUUCAGCAUUAGUAAAUCGAACAAAAGUUGAUAUUGAGUCAGAUGAAGAUGAAGAAUUAGACGAAAGUGAAUUAGAAAAACGACGACAACUAUUAAGACUAAAAGCAAAAGACAAAAUUAAAGAAGAGGAACUUUUGGAAGUUGAAGAAGAAGCAGCACAAAUUGAAAAGGACGAUGAAGAAUCCGAGUAUGAAGAAUCUGAAACUGAUGAAGAAGAAGAUGAAGAUAAAGCACGAUUAAAACCAGUGUUUGUUCGAAAAAAUGAUCGUCGUACAGUAGCAGAACGUGAGGCGGAAGAAAAACAUGAAAUACAAUUAGAAAUGGAACGUAAACGUAUGGCUGAUCAACGAAAAUUACAAACACAAAAAAUGAUUGAAGAUCUCAUACGAAAAGAUCGUCAAAAACAAAAAGAAGAAGAUGAUCGUGUAGAAUGUGAUUUUAAUACGGAUGAUGAAGGUGAUGAAGCUGAUUAUGAUCUAUGGAAAUUACGAGAAUUAAAACGUUUGAAACGUGAUCGAGAAGAACGAGAACAACGAGAACGUGAGCAACAAGAAAUUGAACGUUUACGCAAUAUGACAGAGGAAGAACGUCAUGCUGAGUAUAAAGCUAAUCCGAAAGUUUUUGUUAAUAAAGCACCAAAAGCCAAAUAUAAAUUUUUACAAAAAUAUUAUCAUCGUGGUGCAUUUUUUAUGGAUAAAACUGAUGUUGUUUAUCAACGCGAUUAUAGCGAACCAACACUUGAAGAUCAUUUUGAUAAAUCAAUUUUACCAAAAGUUAUGCAGGUAAUGUACAGUGUUUUCUUGUAUUCUAUUUUAGUGUAUUUAUGUUUU